GGCCGGAAAGGAGAUCCCAUAACCCCUCCUUGGAAAUGGACGGGAGCUGGGAGGGACGAGGAGGCACCCUUCACUCUGAAUCCUCCAUUUGUCAAUCUCUGUGACUCAGGGGUCCGUCAUGAGCACCACCAGCAACAAUCCACUGGUAAAGAAAUUCCUCCCUGUCGGCCAAAAAAGAGAGCCGAAAAACUAUGCCAGACCUGAUGUUCUACGUCGCACCUUUGAGACUCUGUCUAACCUCCAUAAGUUGCUUCCAAAUCGUAUGAUGGAGAUGCUUUAUUCCUACAAGAGUGACGAGGACAAAAAGAAAUGUGAGACAGCUGACCUGUCUGGCUUGGAAAGGAUCUUAGAAAGACAUCACUUCCCACCAGAGGUUAAUCUGACCCCAAAGCCAAGCAGAAUACCCUCAUGGAAAAGAAAAGCCAUCAGCAGUGUACCCAAAAUGUGGAAGGAAUGCCCUCUGUGGAUCACAAACUCAGACAAGCCUCCCAUGUGCACCAUAGAGGCCAGAUGGCGGAAAAAUGCGCAACCCCACGAGGAUCUCAAAUCCGUGAUGGACCAGCUGGCAGCAUUCGGUCCGAUCCAGUCGGUUACCACUUCUGGACGACAAAGUGCCAUCGUGGUGUUCAGGGACACAGAUGCAGCUUGCAAAGCUGUGAGCGCUUUUCACAACAAGGCCCCUGGCACCAUGCUCCACUGCUCCUGGCAGCAACGAUUCAUGUCAAAGGAUAGAGCUUAUUCAGAAAAACAUACUAAGAAGACGAAGCCUAAGGAAUAUAACCAGAAGACAAAAAAGAAACGCGCACUGCAGUCAGAGGCCCCAAACAGGUAUGGAGGAGCCCGGCGUGGUGGUGCAAAAUCACUUUCAGACCUCCAUCACUACAGAGCAGAGCUGCUAUCCGGAGAGCCACAGAACCUUUUGGAUAACUCACAAAUUCUGAAUAGAGCACGCCCGGUUGUUAAAUGAAGUGGCCACAAUUACUAAUCAUCUUCACCAGUUGAACCAGGGAUAUCACAAAGGUAGGAAUAAGGCUGAAACUCUACAGUUUGAAAAAGCACAGAAAGAAAAGCAAAACCAGCGCUGCUCUCAGGACAGGCAC